AUGUCUCUCUCUGGUGGUACUGACCGGGCCGCAACCUGGAAGCUGUCGGAUCCUGGAACCUCUCAACCCGUCGAGUCGACAGUGUUUCCUGACGAUGGCACUCAGGAUGGAGAGUCCGUUUUUGACCCGGAUAUGCGGAUUCUAGUCGAUCGCGCCGAUUUCCAGGAUGGUGGAAAGUACCGCUCCAUUGUCAAGAUCCAGAGUAGGUUCGAGAACCCAAACACGGGCCACUCUAUCUGGAAAAUAGGGACCGGCUUGCUCGUCCGCCCCGACCUCAUCGUCACGGGUGGCGAUGUCGUCUACUCCACGAGCCUCGACCUCGGUGCGUGCACGCAAAUGAAGUGCUACAUCGGCUACAACGGACGUGACUCUGUCAAGUCUCCUGGGGUUCAGAGCCGAUAUGGUGUCAACGUCGCCACGACGGCCAAGUUGGUUGAGACGAACCAGAACCGCUCGCGCGACGUGGCAUUUAUACAGAUAAAUCGCCCGUUCGAGGGCAAUCUCGGCACUUUCAAGUUCGAGGCCACGCCCUUGUCAGGUGAAAAUGUCAAACUCGGAGUUGUCGGAUAUCCCGGCGACAAGUCCUUCGAUGAUGAGCGCGGCGGGCAGAUGUACGCCGAGUUCGCCAACACCAGCUACGACCUCAGCAAGAGUUCUCGUAACUUGAUCGAGUAUCAGGUCUCUACAUUCGGGGGGCAAAAUGGGGCUCCUAUUUUACAAAAGGAUGGUAGACAGAUUGUUUCUAUUGGCACCCACUGCCACGGCGACAGUGAGCACUGCAUCUCGGGUACCUCGAUUGGCAACGAGUACGGAAAUAACUAUGACAGCUACAUUGGCCUUUUUAAUGAUCCAUCAGCCUUUGGAAAUCAAGUCAACUUCGUCGAGGUGCCGCCUCAGUGA